UUGUUUUAUAGACUCAAUUCUUAUACAUAUGUAUUGUGUAUGUAUGUAUGUAUGCUUGCUGAUUUCGUUAGUCAUAGAUCGAAAUGCAUAUUAUAAAGUUUGUUUAGAAGCAAAGUGAUAUACAUAACUCGUUCUGGCCUUUAUCUUCACCUUUUUAUUUAAUUUGCUUCAAAGUUUAUGCUGCGGUUACGAUUGGAAAGCCAUUGAAUUUUUUUAUUUGUCGGUUCAUCUUCGUGACAAAAUUAUAUUGCUUAUCAGUAACUAAGCUCCACUGGUCAAUAUUGUCGUGCACAGUGCAGGCGUUCUAUAAGAUAGACUGUAAAAGCUUUUACUAAGUUUUUUACUGUUCCUGAAUAACUCAGUUUCCUACUCAUUUUUCCCGAAGAUUACUACAACUUCAAAUUGCACUUUUUUAACUUUAUAUAAAAAAGUGAAGAUUAGUAUCUCUAAAAAAUGGGCACAAUUACUCCCAUUUCCAGUUUGCGCUUUACUUCUUGGCACAGUUCAAGCAUAAGAGCACGAGUGACUUGGAAGUCAGAGGUAACUCCCUGGACCAAUGGUAACAGUUCUGGGACUAUCUUUCUUAUCAAUAUGGUUGACGAGUCUGGUGAAAUUACUGGAGUUAUAUUUAAUGAGCUGUGCCCAAAGUUCUACGACCAGCUUCAUGCAGGCAACGUAUACUUAAUCUCCAAUCCUGAGGUGUCGCGGGUACACAAUGAUUUUAAAAUUUUAAAUAACCCCCUUCAGAUACUAUUCGUUGAGGAAACAAUUGUACAAUUUAUAUCCAAAAUUAAUAUACCAAAAAUUAUAUAUAACUUCGUACCGCUCUCUGCUGUUUCGAAACUGUCUGAUCGGGACCCAGUGGACGCCAUUGCCAUCUGCACGGAUGUGCGCAGUGUGGAAGAAAGGGGAGGUUUCUACAUUCGAGAAAUUAUUGUUAUGGAUUCUACAUAUCAGAAAGUCAUGUUAAAUCUGUGGAAUAAGCUGGCAACAAGCCUUGAGGUAGACCCCGGUGAUGUUAUCGUUGCCAAAGGUGCCGUUGCUCGGCCUCACAAUAAUGAAAUAAAACUAAACGCUGAUUGGUUUACCAAUGUUCAGAUUAAUCCUGAUAUUCCUGAAGCCAUCGCGCUUCGUAACUUGAAUUAAAUUCAUUUAAAAUGACCACAAGAUUUUUACACAUUACAAUUAAUCCAAGUCAAUUGUUCAAUUAUUAUCAAAUAAAAUUAUUAGUUAACAAACGAUGUUUAAUUGUUGGAAAAUACUUGUACAAUAAAUAAAUAGUAAUAAAAAGUUUUAUAAUUAA